UCCACAAGCAUCUUAUGUUCCUCAGAAUGAUUUACAAACAACAAAUUCUUUUUUAAAUAAUUCACAAGCAACAAAUACUUUUUUGGACAGUCCACAAGUACCUCAUGUUUCUCAGAAUAAUUUACAAACAACAUAUUCUUUUUUAAAUAAUCCACAAGAAACAGUCAGUGUUUUAAAUAGUUCACAACCACCUAAUGUUCCUCAGAGUAAUCCACUUUCACCCAAACUUAAUAAGUCAUCAAAUAACUUAGAAAUUGUGGAACAAAAAGAAUCAAAUGAAUUGUCAUCAAUGACUUCUAGUUUUCAAGGAAAAUGGACUGGUGGUCUUUACAAGAUGGUACGAUCACAAAAGACACCAGCAUAUAUUAGUAGGAUUCAUAUUGAUGCUUGGCCAAGAAUAACACCAGACUUGGAAUUAUUUGAAUUUUUAAUACAUUCAGCAGAUGUUGAAGGAUUAUGCCAAGGAAUUGAUUCCAAAUUAGUUGAAUGUUUAGGAGAAUGGGUAAAUACUCCAACAACUUAUGCAGGUGGAGCAAAUUCAAUCAAAGAUCUUGCAUUAGUUGAUAGAUUAUCAAAUGGUAAAGUUGAUCUAACAUUUGGAAGUGCUUUAGAUAUAUUUGGUGGAAAUAAAGUUAAAUUUCAAGAGUGUGUUUUAUGGAAUCAACAAGAAUUAAAAGAAUAG